UCCAAGCAAGCAGGCCCCGUUGACCCGGCAACCUCCGGCGAGCCGCCGUUGACCACCAUCGAUCUCAUCCCUAAUCCCCAUGGCAUGAUCCGUGGAACACCAACAACAGCAGCACAAGCAGUAGCAAAGCAGAUCAACCAAGCUUCUCCUCCUCUGUUCCUUCCCGCCAUGGAAUUGCCUGCAGCCAAGAGGCAGCCCAGCAUCAGCAUCACCGGCAGCAGCCUAAGCGGGUACAGCAAGGCCUCUUCUACCUCCUAUGGUGACGGGUACCCUGCCUACCGGCGCCAGGCCUCCUCGUACAGCGCGCCGGCUUCGCAGAUGAGCCGGAGCUCGACGACUCGCAGCAGCAGCUCGUCCUUCAGGGUCGCCGCGCGGGGCGUCGCCGGCGUGUUCAGCGGUUGCUUCGUGCCCCGGGUCAGGAAAGCCAAGGCCGAUGAAGAACGGGAGACUUCUCUUUCCCACGGGAGCAGAAGCAAAUCGGGCAAUUCUCACUCUCAGGGCAGCAGGAGUGCAGGCUACCAUGUCUCCACAGAUUCAGCAGGAAGAGGCAGGGACAGUUCAGAAGUACUCACCGUUGCGGACAUCUCCAACGCGACCUCGAACUUCAGCGAGAAGAACUUGGUGAGGCAGGGAGGUUCCGGCAGCGUCUACAGAGGCACGCUCAAGGACGGGUCACAAAUCGCCGUCAAACGUGCCAGAAAGUUAGGCGGCGGCCGGAAUCUGUCUACUGAACUUGGCAGGGACCUCGGAACGCUCCAGAAGAUGGAGCACCCGAACCUCGUGAGGUUCCUCGGAUCAGUCGAGCAGAAGGACGAGACGCUGAUGGUCUUCGAGCAUGUCGACAAUGGCUCGUUGAGGGAACACUUGGACGAGUCUCGGGGAACCGGAUUGGAGCUGGCGCAGCGGCUCAACGUGGCCAUCGACGUGGCUCACGCCAUCACGUACCUUCACGAGCACGCGGGGCGGGCGGUGAUCCACCGGGACAUCCGGUCGUCGAACGUGCUGCUGACGGGGGCGCUGGCGGCGAAGGUGGCCGGCGGGUUAGGGUUCGGGCUCGCGGCGGCGGACGGCGGCGGCGAGGGCUUGGACCGGGCCGCGGCCGGGUACGUGGACCCGGAGGAGCUCCUGGGGGCGGCCCAGCCCACGGACAAGAGCGACGUCUACUCCUUGGGCGUCCUCCUCGUGGAGCUCGUCACCGGCCGCGCCCCCAUCGAGCGCCGCCGCAACCUCGACCCCCGCGACACCACCAAAUGGGUAAGAGAUCUAAUCGGUGGCGCUCGAUUCCUGAUUUUGCUGUGGAGGAUGGACGAUUGUGUUACAGCGGCUGGAUACUUGGAUGCGAUGUUGGGUGCAGGCGUUGCAGAAGUACAGGGGAGGGGACGCGGUGGUGGCCAUGGACCCGAGGAUGAGGCGGAGCCCGGCGUCGGUGGCGGCGGUGGAGAGGAUGCUGGCGCUGGCGGAGCGGUGCGUGGCGCCGGCGAGGAGGGAGCGGCCGCCGAUGCGGCAGUGCAGGGAGACCCUGUGGACCGUGCGGAGGGAGUUCCACCGGAGGCAGGAGGAGCCGCCGCGGCAGGAAGCACCGGCCGCCGACGGACACAGGAACUCCGAGUGGGUGAGCCGAUGAUAUAUGCCCGCGGCGCGGCCUCAAGUAAAGGCAACUCGUGAAGAGAGCCAGUAGUCUCUGAAAGUUACUGUAAAUUUUGACUAGCGAAAGGCAGGUAGUACAUAUUUAGACAGAUUGGUGGACAUCUCUAAGCACAGAAAAGAAAAGCUUGUAAAGUGAGAAUUUAUCUUGGGCAAAGGAAACGAUCGUUGCGAUAUGCAUUGCGACGGAUUUUGUUUCGUUGAAACAGAUGGCGGUAUUGCUGCAAUAGUUUAGAUCUUAUAUUGC